AUAAGAGAAAAAACCAACAUUCAUGAGCACUGUUUUGAGCGGUCACUGGAGAUUAAGUUCAAAUAUACAGAAUGACAGGACUGACAGUGUUUUAUGCCUUACUUCUGUUCUCCACGAAAGCAUGGGGUAAAGGUGGGUCCGGCGGGCUCCACGGAUUACUUGGCGGACGUCAAGGAGGGCCUGGAGGUUUAGGGGGACCAAACCAGGGAGCAGCUAACCUCUUCCAGCAGUUUCAGUCUUUCGGGGGACAAGAUGGGUCCGGUGGAUUUCCAGGGGGAGCCGUUCCUGGUUUUGGACAAGGUGGCGCACCAGGUGGCCUGUCCGGUGGUGCUCCCGGAAUUCAAGGAGGUUUUGGUGGAUCCUUUGGUGGAGGAGCCAUCCCAUUUCCAGGCGGUUCUAGUGGUUCCAUCGGAGGUUUACCCGGUGGCGCCAACGUAAUACAAAGCAAAACACACAGUGGUUCAGCUGUUGUCUCUGGUAACGUGGCCAAUACUUUCCCUAUUGGUGGUAAUGCUGCUGGUGGACCCUCAUUCGGUGGUCCAGGUACUGGAGGGUCAUCGUUUUUACAUACCUUACUUGGCGGCGCUGGUGGCCCAGGGGGUCAGUUGGGGGGUAUAGAUGGCGGACUGUCCGAUAUUUUUGGAGGUGGUUUAGAUGGUGGAAAUAUUGGUGCUCUCGGAGGAACCGGAAGCAGUGGCGCUUUUGGACCUGGUGGCUUUGAUGGAAUCGGAUCAGGAGGUAUUUCUGGACUUGGUAGUAGAUUUCAUGCUGGAUUUAACGGAAAUUCAUUUUCCCCCGGAAAUCAAGGCGGAGGGUUGGAUGGAUUAGGCCAAAGUGUUAGCUUCCAAAGCGGCCAGUCCGGAUUUUUACAAGGACCUGGAGGAAAUAUUCCACAAGGGCUUGGAGGACUUGGCGACCUUUUAACAGGAGGAGGUAGAAGUGGUGGACUUGGGGGAUUAGCUGGUCCUUCAGGUGGUCACGGUGGAUCUAUUGGAUCUCAUACUAAAUCCAUUGCUUUUGCACAGUCUGUUGGAUCAUCCGGAGGCCCUGGUGGACCCGGAGGUUUCGCCGGUGGUCCAGGAGGAUUUGCCGGUGGUCCUGGAGGUUUUACCGGUGGACCUGGAGGCUUUGCCGGUGGACCUGGAGGUUUUGCCGGUGGACCUGGAGGUUUUGCCGGUGGACGUGGGGGUUUUGCCGGUGGACCCAGAGGUUUUGCCGGUGGACCUGGAGGUUUUACCGGUGGACCUGGAGGCUUUGCCGGUGGACCCGGAGGUUUUGCCGGUGGACCCGGAGGUUUUGCUGGUGGACCUGGAGGUUUUCCCGGUAGUCCAGGAGGUUUUCCCGGUGGAUCCGGGGGUCUGAGUGGUGGACCCGCUGGAUUAGGAGGCCUAGGGGGUCUUCAAAGUCACGGGAUUGGAAAACCUAAAGCAAAGGCCGGAUAAGCUGAUUCUGUUGUAUGUGUGUAAACCCUAUGUUGAAAAUGGUGUAUAAAUUAUUAAUAAAUCUAUGUUGUUGUA